AUGAGUUCCUUCACCGACAACCUCCUCCCAAUCUAUAUCGUUGGAGAAACCAUACGCGCAAAUUACGCAUACUUUGCCUUUCAUACGGCUCCUCAGAUAACUCCAUCAUUGAUUGCGCUUCUUUCUGAAACUCUAAAGCUUGCUAUCGCAGCUAUAAUUAUCAAUCAUUCUGAGGAAGGUCUUUCUUCUAUAAGAAAAAAGUUCAAUAGGAACGGCUUCAGGGAUGUUCUGCAAUACGGUGUUCCAGCAGCCUUUUACCUCAUCAAUAACCUGAUAUAUUUCACGAUCCUGCCUUCCACAUCGCCGAGUCUUCUCCAAGUAUGUAUGCUUGCGAAAAUCCCAGCGACGGCGAUCCUGCAUCAUUUCUGGGUUAGGAAGCAAGGAAACGCUAGAUCGUGGAUAUCUCUUGGAUCCCUCUGCUCUGGGCUCUUUCUCUUCAACAUCCCCUCGGGCGAUGAUACAAAGGGUUGGCUUGUGGCUCCUAUGGCAGGACUGGUGAUAGCGGGAUUUUCUGCGAUCGCUAGCAUUGCUAGCGAGUCUCUUACCAAGACUGGGUCAUUUUGGGAAUCUCAACUAUGGCUUUACCUUUGGGGAGUUUUCUUUUCCAUCAUCUCAUACCCCAUCGCUACUUGGAUGACGGCUGAUCGCGGGACGAAUUCGAAUCUCUCGGUAACAUCUACUGCAACGAUUGCAAUAUAUUUCUCAUGUCUCACAUCCGGUGUCGGCUUGAUCGUUGCUGCUAUGCUGCGGAAAAAAGACAAUCUUACGAAAUUGGUUGGAACUUCGAUUAGUCUGCUCACGAUUGCGGCAACUCAGUAUGUCAUAUUCCCAGCAUUACGAUCAUCGGGCUUCACCGCGUGGAAGAUAAUGGGUGGAUUGGUAGUCAUAAUCUCAACUGGCUGUUAUAAUUAUUUCAAGGACACAUCUCCAGAGAACGUCAAUUCGUUGAGCCGGCUACUUCCCACCUCCAAUGAGUACACUCAAGAUGGCGAGCUCUCAAGAUCCGAGAAAUCAAUUGCUACCUCGACACUAGAAGGAACGAUCUCAUGGUUUCCUUUUAUUCACCAGAGAUCCCCAUCCACUUCGUACGGGUUGGUUGAAAGUCGGGAGGCUGAGAGCGAAGAGAGAUCGCCCAUCUGCCAGUAA